UCAUCACCGCUUCUAUUCUGUUCAUUCUAUUUUUUUCAAUGACGAUUAGCACAAUACUUGUUGUCAAUUUGUAGUUCUCAUUUUUACGGAGCGUUCAGUAGUAAUCCUUAGUUUUUUAAUAUACAAUUGUUCAUGUUAUUUUUAAAUUAUUUCAAUAUCAAAUAAGUUAUUAACAAUUCACGAAAAUGUCCGAAAACGCAAGUCCAAUAAAAUAUUUUUUAAGUGGAGGUUUUGGCGGUAUAUGCACAGUAAUAGCAGGCCAUCCUUUGGAUACUAUAAAGGUUCGUUUACAGACAGUUAGUAAAACUGGAGCACACGAUGCUCCUCUCUAUAAAGGUACUUGGGACUGUGCCAAAAAAACAGUGGCUAAAGAAGGAGUUCGAGGUCUCUACAAAGGUAUGGGAGCUCCACUUACCGGUGUUGCACCAAUAUUUGCAUUGAGCUUUUUUGGUUUUGGCCUCGGGAAAAAGUUACAGCAAAAAUCACCUGAGGACCGAUUGACAGCGUCACAACUCUUCUAUGCUGGAGCAUUUAGUGGUGUACUAUCUGCUGUUAUAAUGGCCCCAGGGGAGCGGAUCAAGUGCCUUUUACAAAUACAACAUGCUGAUGCUGUUGCAAAAUACAAAGGGCCAGUAGAUUGUGUAAAACAGUUAUACAAAGCCGGAGGCAUCAGGAGUAUCUAUAAAGGAACUUAUGCAACAUUACUUAGAGAUAUGCCUGCUAGCGGUAUGUAUUUUAUGACGUACGAAUAUCUACAACGACUGAUGACGAAGGAUGGAGAAAAACUAGGUUUACUAUCAACGAUUUUAGCCGGUGGUUGUGCCGGAAUUGCCAAUUGGAUCGUUGGAAUGCCACCUGAUGUUUUAAAAAGUCGGCUCCAAACUGCACCUGAAGGAACGUACAGCGGUUUGAGAGACGUAUUUUCUCAUUUAAUGAAGGAAGAAGGUCCACGUGCACUUUACAAAGGAGUCGUGCCCGUUAUGCUACGAGCUUUUCCAGCAAAUGCAGCUUGUUUCCUUGGUUUCGAAUUAGCUAUCAAAAUACUGGAUUGGGCAGCUCCAAAUAUGUAAUAUUCACCCCUCAUCACUCCAUUUACAGAUAAUUGCAAUAUAUUUGUAUUCUUUUUAUAUACAUUGUAUAGAUUUUUUUAUUAUUGUUGAAAUAGAUUAUUUUAUUGUAUUUUUA